UAUCUUAGAAAAACAUAUAUUUAAACAUCUAUAUAUCAUUUAUAAAAGUAUUUUCUUGCAUAAAUAAUUCAACCUAUAUUAGUAUUGACGAAAGAAUAAUUGUAGAGAGUAGAGACUGAAGUGUUUUGAGUCAUACCAAAAGUUGUUAGAUUUGAACAUUUUCUUUUCGGAGUGUUAGUUGAGAUAAUAUUUUGCAACAAGUGUUUCUAUUUUAUUCUAUCCCAUGAAUUUAUAUGUGCAAAUAAAUAAUAUCUUAAUUAUCAACGAAUAAAUUAUUCACGUAACGACAUAGAAACUAGUUGUUUUCACCUUUCUUGAUUUGUCCUCUUGGAACGGUAAGCAUUGAUUAGUUAAUUAAUUUUUUGCCAAGAAGUUCGAGUUGACCAAUUUCAUAUCACUCUUCUCGUCUGUUCUUUCUUUCUCUCGAUGCUAAACUUUCACCUUUUUCAUAUUUCUGUUUAUUCUGCGGAAGAGAUCCAUAUAUUCUAUGGAAAACUUCAAAAACCCUAAAAACGUGGAUGAUAAUUCCGAUCGCAUACCAAGAAACAGUCAUCAAAGCGUUGAUAAUUCUAUGUCAAGAUCUUACAUAUGCAGUUUCUGCGUAAGGGGCUUCUCGAAUGCUCAAGCACUAGGAGGUCAUAUGAACAUCCACAGAAGAGACAGAGCAAAUCUCAGACAAAAACUUAUGGAAGAUAACAAGGAUGAUGUUGUCGGCGAGAGUGAUUCAUCAGACGUUGUCUCUCUAAACCUUAAUGAAAAGCAAGAACAAGACGCUUUGGUAUGUGAAGAUGAUGAUCGAGAUCAAGAUGUGGAAAAGGACAUAACUCCUGGUCAGAAAUUAGGGUUUUGGGUUCAAGAAAGCAAGCUUGAUACUAAUGAUGAAGGAAAAGUCAUGGAGGUUGGCAUAGAUGGUUCGAGUUCGAGUACUCAUCAUCUCGAGAUUGAAGGAUUGGAUCUUGAGCUCCGGUUAGGCCAACGCACCGUGGAGAAGAAGACAACAUAAUCUCUCAAUGAGCAUGAUAUAUUGAUGCCAGUGACUAUUUGUUUAUAUCAAAAAAAUCUGGAAACAUCAAACUCUUGAAUCCAUCUAUUACAAAUGGAUUCGUGGAACAAUUUGUAUUGAAGGUAUGCAUGUAUAUAUAUUAUUGCUAAUACUAUCCUUGUUGUGUGCUUUCCCUGCUUUGGUUAAUUUCACUAACUUUUGUAAAUGAUGUCUACACGUCCAAACAAGCAUAUACAUGAAAUAAAGAUUUUGAGUUUGCUUAAUGAUUGUUAUUGAAAAACAAAUAACUUUAGGUUUCAAUUUUUUUUUAUCUCUUCAUAUUAAUGGUAGAGAUCAUUCUGAUAGUGAAUUUGAAUCACAUUCUAACAAUACAUGUAUAUGAAGUUAGGAACUAAACUAACUUUACAUUCCGUUUAUGAGUAUAACCCAAAAGAAAAUAAAACCUAACACAAGUCAAAACUUUAUGAAACGUAAGUUGAUAAAGUCAUUUG